GUAUGGAGGAGAGAUGCACAAGCUUGUGUGAUGGGGUUGAGGCGAGACAGAGACUGCUUGAGGCGAGACAGAGAACGACCGAUCCCCAGCGGCCUUUGGUGCACCUCAUAAACCUGUAGCAUUUGGCAGGAAGCCUCAUUGCCCUAUAGAAGAAAUCAGACAGGAUCCUGCUGCAUCUCCCGACUCACGGAGCUCUCCGUUUGGGUUCAGCCUUGCUGCCAACUUGCCUUGCAUGCUAUCUCCGCGGCCCUUAGCAGAAUGUUCAAGGAUUAUUUCCAAUACAAGGGGAUCAACUUUCCUCAUCUCAUCUAUUCAGAACAAGUCCUGCAGUUGGUGGAAAACAGCUUCCAAGUUCGAGAUGACGACAUUUUCAAUGUCACCUACCAGAAAUCAGGGACCGUGUGGAUGCUGGACAUCUUAAGUCUCAUCAUGAGCAACGGAGACCCCACCUGGUGCCAAACAGUCCUCAACUGGAACCGGGGCCCUUGGUAUGAGACCGUGAUGGGCUACCGGAGGGCUUUGACUAACAAGUCGCCUCGCCUCAUUAGCUCCCACCUUCCCGUGCAGCUCUUUGCAAAGGACUUCUUCAAGUCCAAAGCCAAGAUAAUCUAUACCGUUAGGAACCCGAAAGAUGUCUUGGUGUCCCUCUACCAUUUUGCCUUGAUGUUUCGCCCUUUCAGAGACCCUGGAACCUUGGACCAAUUCCUGGAAGAGUUUCUAAAAGGGGAUGUGCCUUUUGGAUCCUGGUUUGACCAUGUUAAAGGCUGGAUGAACUUGAAGGACCAGGAGAACUUCUUCUUCAUCACAUAUGAGGAGCUGCAAGAGGACCUGCGGGGAAGCGUAGUCCGUCUCAGCCAGUUCCUGGGCAAGGAUCUAGACGACGCAGCUAUAGACUCUGUGGUGGCAAAUGCUUCCUUCGAAGCCAUGAAAAAGAAUAAGAUGUCAAACUUCUCACGCGCACCACGAUUCAUCAUGGACAAUAAGAAGAGUGCUUUUCUUCGCAAAGGGAUCUCUGGUGACUGGAAGAACCAUCUGACAGCUGAGCAGAGCGGACGUUUCGACUGGGUCUACCAGGAGCGCGUGCAAGAUUUAGAUGUCUCUUUUCCUUGGGAUAAAAAAUGAAACCGACUCUCCCUCUAAACUCAAUAGGCUACCAACAGUUAGUGUAACAUCCAGUAGAUUAAAGGCAGUACCAGGGGUGGUAGAUGAAGAAGCAGAGACUGCUGGAUGGUAUGGAAGAAAAUGGGACUUAGCGGGUAACAAUAGGGAUAGAAGGUUCCAGAAAAUGAGUGGGAUGUGGUCGAACAUAUUCCAGAAACUACUGUGUUGUGUGGAUGAGGUACGGAUGGACAUCUGUCUAUCAGCUUUUAUUGAUGCCUUUGGAAUAAUCCCUGCUGAAGGCAAAACUGCUAAGGAGAAGCAAGAAUUUGUUCUGGGAGAGAGAAGUACAGGCGAGGGAAAGAUUCUGUGCCCCCUCUUCUUCGUGUGAUGUUUUGGAUUGCUGUUCCCCAUUGCCAUUUUGUCUGAACUCUGCAGCCACAGAGACGGGUCCGGCUUGGCCCUGCUCGAGUGACGGAAAUACUACCCCAAACACAUCCAAGUUAAUGU